AUGAUUUAUCGUCAAUUAUUUCAAAGCAAAAUCAAUUUUAAUGCAUACUAAAUGUUAUGAUAAUAAUUCGUUUGGAAGCGUUUCGGGUCAUUUUAUAGCACAACUACAAAUAUUUUUACAUGUAAUUUAUUACAUUGCCCUGUGUUUAUCUGCUAUUUCUACAUAUUAUAAGUAAGAAAAAUAAUUCGAAACAAUGACGUCUAUUAUAAAACUUCAUGCUGUUUCUGGGGCUAUGGACGAGUCGCCUCCUUGCUACAUAUUGCAAGUUGAUGAAUUAAGAAUAUUACUUGAUUGCGGAUGGGAUGAAAAUUUCGAUCAGGAAUUUAUAAAAGAAUUAAAGCGGCAUGUCCAUCAAAUAGAUGCGGUAUUAUUGUCGUAUCCAGACCCGUUGCAUUUGGGUGCUUUACCAUAUUUAGUUGGAAAAUGUGGUUUGAAUUGUCCUAUAUAUGCUACAAUUCCUGUAUAUAAAAUGGGACAAAUGUUUAUGUAUGACAUGUAUCAGUCGCGUCAUAAUAUGGAAGAUUUCGAUCUAUUUACGCUCGAUGAUGUCGACGCAGCGUUUGACAAAAUUGUUCAAUUAAAAUAUAAUCAAAGUAUAUCCAUGAAAGGGAAAGGAUAUGGAGUUACCUUAACACCUUUACCCGCUGGUCACAUGAUCGGCGGAACCAUUUGGAAAAUUGUGAAAGUCGGCGAAGAGGAUAUAAUAUACGCUGUUGAUUUCAACCAUAAAAAAGAACGACACUUGAACGGCUGUGAGUUGGAAAGAUUGCAAAGACCAUCUUUAUUGAUAACGGAUGCUUUUAAUGCUACCUACCAGCAAGCUAGGCGCAGAACUAGGGAUGAAAAGUUAAUGACUAAUAUUUUGCAAACGCUACGCGGCGGUGGCAAUGUUUUGGUUAGCGUAGAUACUGCUGGUCGUGUAUUAGAAUUAGCACACAUGUUAGAUCAACUCUGGCGCAAUAAAGAAUCUGGUCUACUUGCAUAUUCGUUAGCUCUUUUAAAUAACGUUAGUUACAAUGUUGUGGAAUUUGCUAAAUCACAGAUCGAAUGGAUGAGCGACAAAUUAAUGAGGAGUUUCGAAGGAGCUAGAAACAAUCCAUUCCAAUUUAAACAUUUACAACUAUGCCACAGCAUGGCGGAACUGAAUUUAGUUCCUAGCCCAAAGGUUGUACUUGCAAGCACUCCGGAUAUGGAAUGCGGCUUUUCGAGAGAAUUGUUUCUACAAUGGAGCGGCAAUUCCCAAAACAGUAUUAUAUUAACUAGUAGAACAUCGCCAGGAACACUUGCAAGAGAUUUAGUAGAGAAAGGAGGCAACAGGAAUAUUACAUUGGAAGUAAGAAGGAGAAUAAAAUUAGAAGGCAUGGAGUUGGAAGAAUAUCAAAGAAAAGAAAAAUUGAAACAAGAACAGUUAAAACAAGAACAAAUGGAAACUGCUGACGUGAGCUCGGAAUCGGAAGAUGAAAUAGAAGUGGGAGGUGGACGAGGAAAACAUGAUUUGUUAGUGAAACAAGAAAGUAAACCGGGUUUCUUCAAACAAAGUAAAAAGCAACAUCCUAUGUUCCCGUUCGUGGAAGAAAAAAUUAAAAUAGACGAAUAUGGAGAAAUUAUAAGGCCCGAAGAUUAUAAAAUAGCAGAGACUAUGCCGGAAAUAGAUGAUAAUAAGGAAAAUCUAGAAACAAAACAUGAAGAUGCUGCACAUCAUCCGGAGGUACCUACUGACAUUCCCACCAAAUGCAUUCAAGUUACACGUACAAUGACAGUUAAUGCAUCUGUCACAUACAUAGACUUUGAAGGCAGAUCUGAUGGGGAAUCGUUACAAAAGAUCCUAGCACAAUUAAGACCGCGGAGAGUUGUACUAGUUAGAGGGUCGCAGAAAGACACAGAGAUCUUGGCUCAGCAAGCGCAAAGUGCGGGCGCGCGAGUGUUCGUCCCAGCGAGAGGAGAAACGCUGGAUGCUACAACGGAAACGCAUAUAUAUCAGGUCCGUUUGACCGAUGCUCUCGUUAGUGGUUUGAAUUUUUCAAAAGGGAAAGGUGAUUCGGAGGUAGCGUGGAUCGAUGCAAUGAUAACUGCUCGCGAUCAAGUAUGCCGAGAUGCUGUCGCUGACACACAGCAAGAUGAUGCGAUAGACCAAAGUGAUAAAAUACUUACUCUAGAACCAUUACCAUUAAACGAGGUUCCCGGGCAUCAAACAACAUUUGUAAACGAAUUAAAACUGUCUGAUUUUAAACAGAUUUUAAAUAAAAGUAAUAUUCCUUCCGAAUUUAGUGGCGGAGUUUUAUGGUGUUGCAAUAAUACUAUCGCUGUUAGAAGGCAAGAGGCUGGCAAAGUGAUACUAGAAGGUUGCAUUUCUGAAGAUUAUUACAAAGUACGUGAAUUAUUGUAUGAACAGUAUGCAAUUGUAUAAAUUGAUAAUUAUAAAUUU